AUGCGUGUGUCUCUAAUUGCUUCCGCGCUUGCGUGCGCCUCCCGUGGAAUCUGCGGCGAGAUCCCCUCCUCAGCAUCGAGCAAUGAAGAGGCGCCGGCGUUUCGGGAGGAGCUCCUGAGCUUGCACAAGUGGCUGGUAGAGACCUCAUCAGUCUCUGGUUUGGAGUACACCAUUAGCAAUUCGGUACACGACUAUUUCCUUCGCAAGGGGUGGGCAUCAGUGACCACCGGCGUCCCGCCCAGGGAUAACACACCCAAAAACGAGCCCCGUGCCGACGUUGUGGCCUGGCCUAAGGUGAACGGCGUGCCCAACCCCAGGGUGCUGCUGACGAGCCACAUUGAUACCGUGCCCCCUUUCUAUACCUACCACAUUGAGGAUGGCGAGGUGACCAAGAAGACAAAGAUCAGCGGUCGCGGAAGCGUUGAUGCGAAGGCCAGCGUUGCUGCCAUGGUGACGGCCCUCGACGAACUUCUCAAGGCAGGCAAGGUUGCUAACGGCGAUGUGAUGCUGGCCUUUGUCGUUGGAGAGGAGGUUUCUGGCGACGGGAUGCGCGAGCUGAAUGAUUACUUCCACAUCCGCGAUGUUACUUUCGAUGCCGUCAUCUUUGGUGAGCCCACCGAGGGCAAGCUGGCUUGCGGCCACAAGGGCGCGCUGCAAUGCGAUGUCAGGGCUCACGGGGUGGGCGGACACAGCGGGUAUCCCUGGCUGGGAAAAUCAGCCAAUGAGUUACUGAUGAGGGCCCUGCUGAAGAUCAUAGACACAGAUCUGGGCAGCAGCAAGGUGUACGGCAACACGACGGUCAACGUGGGCCGUCUCCAGGGCGGUGUUGCGGAUAAUGUCAUUCCUGAAGAAGCCUUUGCUGGACUCCAGGUCCGAGUUGCUCUAGGGCCACAAGAGGAGGGCGGGGAUAUCGUCCAGGAGAGAAUGCGGGCGAUUCUGAACGAGGUUGACCCGGAGGCGUUUGAUUUCGAAUGCUCCCAGGGAUACGGGUUUGUGGAGGCUAACUGUGAGGUUGAAGGCUUUGACCAGAUUGUGGUCAACUACGGAACUGAUAUGCCACACCUGAAGGGCGACUUCACGAAGUACCUUUAUGGCCCUGGAACGAUUUUCGUGGCUCAUGGCCCGCACGAGAACCUGACGGUUGGUGAUUUGGAGUCUGCUGUCGAGGGGUACCAAAAGUUGAUUCUCCACGCCCUCCAGGCCAAGGAUGGCGACAACUUGGAGCUGUAA